GAACGUUUGCAUGAAGCUGCUCAGAUGCGCUGGUUCGGGUUUGGCUUCAACGCGUUUGGACAAAUAUGUGUCCGACAGAAAUUAGUUAAAGGAGAAGAAAGUGGCGACGCUGUUGAGGAAGUUAAAGUGAUAAAUCCAACAGAGCUGCGUGCGGACAAAAGUGGCUGCAGUCACAUCAGAGCAAGUUGGAGUCGAAGAGCAUCUGUGCAUUUGGGUGAAGACAGCUGUGUGUCCCUGGCAGGUUUCGGGACAUCCAACUCCAGUGAGUCCUGUGACACUUCUACACUAGAGAGCCGUGGCUGUAAAGAUGCAUUCAUCAGUGAGUCACACUUGACCCUCGCGUUCCCAGACAGGAUUGAAUUCUGGGAUCUGCAGAAGAAAGAGAAGACUCCAUCAUGGAGCAUGGAGAUAAAACCUCAGUCAGAGGGCUCUGCUGUGAAUUUCCCAUUGGUGCCUGGGGGUUAUGUAACCUCAAAACCUCCCUUCUACUGCCCCUUGUCGCCACACCUGAAAGCCAGGAGCAUGGCACUGGGUGGUGAACAUGCCAUCCUUCUCACUGCCACUGGAGCUGUGUACACCUGGGGACAGGGCAGCCAUGGUCAGCUGGGGCAUGGAGGCCUCACCUCUGAGGAGGAGCCCAGGGCGGUGGAGGCACUCUGGGGGAUGCCGAUGAGCUCUGUGGCUUCAGGAGGCUGGCACUCUGUCUGCAUUAGUGACGGGGGUGACCUUUACGUGUGGGGCUGGAAUGAGAGUGGCCAGCUUGGACUUCCCUCACGAGCUCUGAGGAAAGCAUCACAAGAGAAAAGUAGCCAACUAACAGGAGAAUUGCACCAAGGUGUCAACACAUCUCCCAGUAAAGAGCCACAGGAGGGAGAGAAACAUGAAGAGGUAUUCAUAUCAAUCCAGGCUUUCCCAGCUCUGAUGGAUGUCACUCCAUCAUGUGAAAUCAGGACAGUCAGCUGCGGCUCCCGGCACACAGCUGCAAUAACAACCACAGGUGACCUCUACACUUGGGGAUGGGGUGAAUACGGCCAACUCGGACAUCAAACAUUGAUCAGUUCAGAUGAGCCGCAGCGUGUGGAGUUUUUCAGGUUGGAGCGGAUGCGUGUGGUUGAUGUCGUUUGUGGGGCCUGGAACACCUUCGCUGCUGUAGUCAAGGAGGAAGUAGCUUCCCUGAAAAAUCCAACAGAAUCGCCCCGAUAAACACGCACUGUAUACUUUGGACGGCAUACCAGGAAGUGUAAAUUAUCCCAUCAAGUACAUGGACACUUUGGUUUAAAUAUAUUUAUAUGUUUUUGUUUGUUCGUUUGUAUGUCUGCAUAAAAAUAACUUUGGUAAGUGAA